AUGAGUAAUCUUGACUCCGUCGAUUAUGAAGAAAAAGACAACGAAAUUGAGGUUGUUGUAGAUGAUUCCAAGAAAAUGAACACGAAAAUUAAUCCACAUGAUGGAAAAAGUAUUUCGGAAGCCGUUUGUUCACCAAAUAGGGAAUAUAUUGCAACCUUCAGUAAGGAAGAUAAAUCAAUUGUCAGGUGGGAAAUCAAGGAAGGACAGUCCAAACUCGAACCUGACCAUUCAAUUAAUAUCGGGGAUGAUUAUGAUUCGAGGACUCUGUUAGGGGUCUCGGAUAAGUACAUCUUAUCUGAGAAGAAUUACAAAAUUAAACUCAUUGAUCUAGAAACCGGAUCGGAACAGAAAUUAUAUGAAGGAUGGUCUAAUGAAACCUCCUUUCUUGAAAAUGGAGAUGUAGUAAUCGUUAAUAAAAGAACUGAUAAUCGGGUUUCUAUAUUUUCGAAAUCAAAUUCCAACAAUGGACGCCAGUAUAGAUACAAGAGUAGCAUUGAACUUACAAAAUUUAAAAAAUAUGCUAUUUCUAGAAAAGGAAAAUUGCUGAUUCUCUUAGAUCUACCUUUUGUAAUUAUGCAAUGGGAUCUGGAAACCCUAAUGUUUGAGGCACAAUAUGUACUGGAUUUAGCUUUUAAAGAGUAUUACCCAUCAGAUCCACGUAAUCCACGUCCUGAAUCAUUCAAUAUACUUACUGUUAUAUCCAAUCGUAUUAUAAUAGUUAGUGGAAAUCGUUUACAAAUUAAAAGAUGGGAUGAUUCCUUCUUAAAAGAAUACCUCGAGUUUAGUGAAGAUAUUGGAGAGUAUAGUAGCUAUUUCAGUGGAGGGGAAGUUUACAAAAUAAUAAAAAAUAUUUCGAAAAAAUAUGAAAAAUAUUCAAACGAUUCAAGCGAUACAGACGAUUCAGGCGAUAUAGACGAUCCAAACGGCAACUGUACAUAUUUAGGAAAGUUGUACUCCUGGACUGUUGAGCACUCUUUUGAUUACUUAACAUUAAAGGCGCGCGAAAACGAGAAGGAAGUAGGAAAAAUAGACGUUAAGAAACAUAAGAAUGGAUAUUUUAGACAUGAGAAAAAUU